UCCUCCUCUCCUCCUCUCUCUCUCUCUCUAUUUUCUCAGAAACUGAAAACCUAAAACCGACUCCAUUUUCCGUCUCGCUUCUUUUCCAUAUCUCUCCUCCUCUCUCCAUCGCCUUCUCUUUCAUAAACGAUGGGCCAGAAACGCAAGGCAGACCAGGACCACAACCCAAGCAGCUCAGACUCCGAAGAAGAAGCAGAACCAGAAGCACCUCAUCACCGUAACUCGAUCAUAGAAGAAGGAGAAGAAGAAGACAUCGACGAACUCUUAGAACCAUUCACCAAAGACCAGCUCGUAGAACUCAUCAAGACUGCCAUUUCCUUAGAGCCCAAUGUCCUCAAUGAAGCUCGCAGCCUUGCAGACAGGGACCCAUCUCAUCGCAAGCUUUUUGUCCAUGGUUUAGGUUGGGACACCACCUCUGAAACACUAACUUCUACCUUCUCCAGUUAUGGUGAGAUCGAAGACUGCAAUGUAGUGUCUGAUAAAUCGACUGGAAAAUCGAAGGGCUACGGCUUUAUUCUAUUCAAACACCGACAUUCUGCGAAAAAGGCCCUCAUCUCACCUCAAAAGAAGAUUGAUGGAAGAAUGACUGCUUGCCAAUUCGCCUCUUCUGGUCCCACUGAAACCCUAGCUAAAAAGACCCAAAAUCCAACUUCAAAUGAAAACCUAGCUCGAAAGAUCUAUGUAGGAAAUGUGCUCUCAGAUAUAGCACCAGAAAAGAUCCAUACGUUCUUCUCAAAGUAUGGUGAAAUCGAAGAAGGGCCAUUAGGGUUUGAUAGAAACACAGGAAAAGCAAAAGGUUUUGCUCUUUUUGUGUACAAAUCCUCCGAAUCUGCCAAGCGGGCCUUAGCAGAACCCAACAAGAUCUUCGAAGGCCAUAAGCUUUAUUGCCAGAGGGCUACUGAUAACACUAACAAGCAAAAGAAUGGGCCCAUGGGGUUGGGCUUGGGCCCAGGUGAGAGUGUUCAGUCUAAUGCCCCUGCCCUAAUAGGCCAGGCUCCAGGACAAGGCCUGCUUGUUAAUGGUCUUACACCGGGCCUGGGCCCAGCCUUUGUGGGCCUGAACCCAAUGGCUGCAGCUUUUGGGGCAGUUUUGAACCCUGCCCUGGCAAUGGGGCAAAAUGGGGUUGCUCAAAGUUUGGGGUUGGGUGGGAAUUUUGGGAAUUUGGCGAGUGGGUACGGUAAUUUUCAAGGCUUAGGUGUGGCUUACCAGCCUCAAGGGGCUGGUAUAGUGGGUUUUGCUCCACAGGUUGCUAUGGGCGCUUAUCAGGGUAGUGCUCAAAUGGGUGGAAAUAGGCCACAACAACAAGGAGUUGGGAAUUUGGGGAAUGGAGGGCCUCCUUAUGUUGCACAUUAGUGCAUGGGCGGAAUGAAGAAGAUUCGAAAUUUGGUUUCAGCGGAAUUGCAGGGACAAUGAGUUGGGGACUGGGGAGGAGGUACCAAAGUAGAAGUGUCUUAGAUCUUAAUCACGUUUACAUAUUUCUCUUGAAGCUUAAGGAGUGAAAUGGUGUAGAGCACUUGUAUUUGUUUAUGGGACUUUAGGGUUGGACAUAUUGACAGCUUCCAUGGAAGUUUGAGAGGACAUUCUUUCCUUGGAAUGAGUGUUUACUUGGGUGGGCUUAUAGACUUGUAAAGAUGAUUUGUCCAUUUUCAUUUAAACCUAGAUUUGCUCUUAAGCAGUGAUGCGAGGGAUAUAGUUACUGUUUUGUCAGAUGUGAGGAGGUGAGUAGAUGUGGUGACAUGAGGGUCAGGAGGCUUUCGGAUGUCAAUAAUGUCUUAAAAGCAUACAACAUACCAUUCUUUUCAAGAAAAUGUGUUAAUAAGUAUGCAUCGUCUUGUGCAGAAAGGCAUCUUAAGAGGGAGAUUGUUGGUGGCCAUUAUGGUCUCAAGGUGAGGGACUUUGGGUUGGGGAAUAGAAAUUUCAAUAGGUCUUUCUGAAUGUUGUGACGGGAGCUUAUGCGGCUGCAAUAUACUUGGAAAUUGGGGAGUCUUAUUGUGUGGGAAGGACAGUCAAAGUACUAUGGUGUCCAGGUUUAUAAAGGUUCACGGUUUGCAGUGACUAUUGGAUUGUUUUGGGAGGGAUGGGGGGAGUUUCUUUGUCCAAAUUUUGGGUAGGAUUUGGGGUGAUGAGAGAUUCUAGGGUUGGAUCUUGUCUUUUCUCUUUUUGAGGUAUGAUCUUGUAGAAUGAAACAUGCAUUAGUAGAGUGGGUUUGACCCUAGCAGUGAUUGGAUCAUAUUUUUGAAAAACUGAGCAACUUUCUGUUUGAAAAAACACCUUAAUACCUCCCUUCCGCCCCUAGCACCCUUUAGGGAUUCGAGUAACUCCAUGAUAAGAAUGUGGUCCAACAGCUCAUAGGGUCAAACUAAACUCUUCAGCUAUAUUUCAUUUCUACAGAACCCUCUGUUCUCUCUCUCUCCCCCCCAAAGUUGGGUAUGUUGGGAUUGUUGCUAUGAUUCAUUCUUAUGAGGGGUAUCAAUUGAAACCCCUUUCAUGUGUGAAAAAUCUUUUUGUUUUUGUCUUCUCUUUGCUGUGGAUUUGGAAAGAUCAAAUUUUGUGAUCGGUUGAGAACAAUUGGAACUUCGCUAUUCUAGUGUUUCUUUUAGUUUAGAAGAUUACUUGGGAUUUGAUUGGUUCUAAUCAGUUUACUUUUAGGCGUUAUCUUAUUUUCUUUUAUUUUUUUAAAGAUAAAAUAUAUUGUUGUUUUUGUUUUUUGUGCGGAUCCAAUGGAAUGGUCGAGAUUCUUCUUUUCUAUAAUGAGCUUUUGUUUAAUGAUGCGAUUUUGU